AUGAUGCGACCGCGCGACCCCCGCAUUCGACAACGGAUCAAUCAGAUCUCCCAUAACCUUGAGACCGCCAACGAAACCGCGCAAGAAGGGCUUUAUACUUUCUCUCAUAACUACAUAUCCCCCUGUUUUGCAUCUAUUGGAAACUGCGUGACUGCAUGUACAGCACCUUGCUUCCCGAGCCGAGAAGACCACCUAAGGCGCAGACGACGCGGCCAAACCGAAGCCAACUUUGAUUUCUACGACGAUUGGGCCAAUGAAGAAGAAGACGAUGGCUUAAUUGGAUGGGGUACGGGCGAGCUCGACCGCCUCCUUGCUGGCAGCGGACUAGCGCGCGGAGCUGCGGACCAGCCGCGUGGGCCCAGGAGGAUGAGCUACGGCACACGCAACACCAGGCGAAGGAGCACCGCACACAUUCCAGACAAUCGUGACGACCCGACUGUGAUCCCCAGCUCUUCUCUCCUUGGCUUCCUCGAGCGCUUUCCGUGGAGAUUCGGUGCAAGAGGAGUCAAGUAUCGGCCUUCCGCUGCUGAUCUCCAAGAACACCCUGGCGCUCGGCGCUAUGCGCACGAAGACGAGCCACUAAUGGAAGCUGUGGAUGACGAUGGUAACGAUGGAGAUCAAUUGUCUCCUACCCUCAACAGGAGGAAUCGCAGUACCACGCAAUCGUCCCGCGGAACGGACAACUCACUUAGCUCGCGCGGGGAUCUAUUUCCUAGUGAUGAGGAGGAAGAUGCCGUGCCCCUUGAUGAUGAGUUUGCGCUUGCUUUCGGGCGCCGGGGAACGGGCUUGGAAUCAGAUGAUCAGUCUGGGGCGAAGUCUGAAAUUAUACAGUCUGCAUCCGCGUCUAGUUUAGGCGCCGCAUCCUCGAAAAAGGCAAAGCGGAAGAAGAAACGGUCACCAAAGCGAUCGCCUAGUUACAAUGGAGCUGCGAUUUCUCAAAGUGUCCACACAUCAUCAAUGGAAGACUUGAAGACAGAAGAGCAGCGUGCAGCAUUGGAAGAAGAAGCAGACAUUGCGAGGCGACGGCUUGCUGCAUACGAGCUGGCGUUGAAUCGAGGCCUCGAUCAGACAGGCGGUGAUAAAGUAUGA